CGGGGGGUGGUCUGCCAUGGCCCCGGCCCGGGGUACGCCCCGGCCGCCCCGCAGCCCCGCCCGUCGCGGCAGUGACGGCAGCGCCGUGCGCCGGGCCGCGGGAGUUGGCGCGAAGGCGGGAGCAUGGAGCCGGGAGCGUCCCGCUAGGCACAGGGACCGCACCGCCGCCGCUGCCAUGGAUAUCCGGAAAUUCUUUGGUGUUGUACCUCCUGGAAAGCGACAAGAAUGUGAGACUGUGAAAAAGAGUGAAAAAAUUAGAAAUGGUCAAGGACCCUCAAGUGGGAAGAAAAGGGAAAAGGAGACUAAGGUGAAUAAUUCACCCAGUGAAGAUGAUUCCAAACCGAAGCAGACAAAAAAGAAGAGAAGAAUAAUCUAUGAUUCAGAUUCAGAAGAGGAGGUGCAGUCAGUGAAACAAUCCAAGAAGGCAUCUGAGAAAAAAGCAGCUGCUUCAAAACCUGGUAAAAUUCUAAAGCGGGAUCCUGUUUAUAUUUCAGAGACAGAUGAAGAUGAUGAUGAUUUUGCCAAUAAAAGAAUUUCCCUGAAACCGAAGGAGAAUGGGACGUCAGGGAUUAGUUGUCCAGGAACAAAUACUGUGAAACAAGGAGAGGUAAAACCACAAGCUAAAAGCAAGCCCCUCUCUCCAGUGAAACAGACUCCCACCUCUGCACUUGAUUUCUUUGGGACAAGGAGUGUCCAGCGCUCAGAAAAGAAGCUGGUAGCAAGUAAAAGGAAAGAGCCUUCACAGAGCAGAGACAGCACACUAGAUGAUGAGGCCGUUGCUAGGCAACUGCAGCUUGAAGAAGAUUCAGAGCUGGAGAGACAGCUGCAUGAAGAUGAAGAAUUUGCUAGAACUCUGGCCAUGUUGGAUGAAACACCACAGAAGAAAAAGGCUCGGAAAAACACAGAAGGAGAGCAAACAGUACUGAGCGUCAACAGCAGCCCUAAUACAACAGCAGGGUAUAAGCAGACAGAAAGAGUGAAAGCAACAGACUCAGCUGGUGCAGCCAGGAAUUACUCUGUGAAGCCACAAACUAAAUCUGAACAGUUGAAAGGUUCUUGUUUACCCCCACAAUCAUCUGAUGAUAAAAAAGAAGAGAUUGCUGAAAAGGAAAGAGGUGCUCAAAAUUCACUAUCAAGAGGAAAAGCAGCUUCCGGGAAAGAAGAGAAGACAACACCAAAGAAGGAGAAAGUUUCUCCCAAGAAGACUGAGUCUGUAAGUCCUGAGGACUCUGAAAAGAAGCGAAACAAUUACCAAGCUUACCGGAGCUUCCUUAAUCGCGAGGGUCCCAAAGCACUGGGCUCCAAAGAGAUACCUCAGGGAGCUGAGAACUGCUUGGAAGGGCUGACAUUUGUAAUUACGGGCGUGCUGGAGUGUAUUGAGAGAGAUGAGGCCAAGUCUCUGAUUGAGCGUUAUGGAGGAAAAGUAACUGGCAAUGUCAGCAAGAAGACAAAUUACCUGGUGAUGGGGCGGGACUGCGGCCAGUCCAAGUGUGAGAAGGCAUCAACUUUAGGUACAAAAAUUAUUGAUGAAGAUGGUCUAUUUGAUCUUAUUCGAACUAUGCCAGGCAAAAAGUCAAAAUAUGAGCUGGCAGCUGAAACAGAGGCAAAGAAAGUGGAGUCAAAACCCAAAAAGACACCAGAGAAAGCUGAAGCUGGGAAAAGGAAAUUUAGCCCCUACAAAAGGGAAGCUAAUAAUAAAAAAUACAAGUCUAGUCCUGAAAAAGGAGAAACCAUCAGAUCUGUCAAGAAAGAAACCACUGCUGUUCGAAAACUUACAGACUUCAAACGUCAGACUGUAGAGGAGAAAGAAUCCCCAAAACCUAAGGGGAGCUUGGUUUCUGAGGUUAAUGAAGAUGGCACAGAGAGAUUGCUUUGGGUCGAUAAAUAUAAGCCUGUGUCUCUUAAGGCAAUUAUUGGCCAGCAGGGUGAGCAAAGCUGCGCCAAUAAACUGCUCCGAUGGCUCAGAAACUGGCACAAGAACAACUUGGAAGAUGGACAAGCAAAACCCAGUAAAAGUGGAAGCAAAGAUGAUGGGACAGGCUUUAAAGCAGCAUUGCUUUCUGGUCCACCUGGAGUUGGUAAAACUACUACAGCUGCUUUGGUUUGUAAGGAACUGGGCUAUAGCUACGUGGAGCUGAAUGCCAGUGACACUCGCAGCAAGAACAGUCUGAAGGAAAUAGUUGCUGAGUCACUUAACAACACCAGCAUCAAAGACUUCUGUUCUGGUGCAUCUUCAUCAGUUAGCGAGAAACAUGUAUUGAUCAUGGAUGAAGUGGAUGGUAUGGCAGGCAAUGAAGACAGAGGAGGGAUUCAGGAGCUGAUUGCUUUGAUCCGACACACGAAGGUUCCCAUCAUUUGUAUGUGCAACGAUCGCAACCACCCCAAAAUGCGCUCCUUGGUCCACUACUGCCUGGAUCUCCGUUUUCAGAGACCUCGGCUGGAACAGAUCAAAGGUGCCAUGAUGUCUAUUGCAUUUAAAGAAGGUUUAAAAAUUCCCCCACCUGCUAUGCAAGAGAUAAUCCUGGCAGCAAAUCAGGACAUCAGACAGGUUUUACAUAAUCUAAAUAUGUGGUGUGCAAAAGACAAAUCACUGACUUAUGAUGAGGCUAAAACAGAUGCCAGCAGAGCCAAAAAGGACAUCAAACUGGGCCCCUUUGAUGUUGUCCGGAAGGUUUUUGCUACUGGAGAGGAGGCUGCCCGUAUGUCUCUUAUAGACAAAUCAGAUCUUUUCUUCCAUGAUUAUUCACUAGCACCUCUCUUUGUCCAAGAGAACUAUGUGCAUGUGAAACCAGCUGCUGCUGGAGGUAAUUUAAAAAAGCACUUGGUGCUCUUGAGUAAAGCAGCUGAUAGUAUAUGUGAUGGUGAUAUAGUGGACAGACAGAUUCGUAGCAAGCAGAACUGGAAUCUUCUUCCAACACAGGCUAUUUAUGCAAGUGUUCUCCCAGGGGAGCUGAUGAGGGGUUACAUGUCCCAGUUUCCUGUCUUUCCCAGCUGGCUGGGGAAAUUUUCAUCUACAGGCAAACACGAUCGUAUCAUUCAAGAACUGGCAAUGCACAUGAGCCUCAGAACUCAGACGUGCAAGAGGACAGUAAAUAUGGAAUAUUUGUCGUAUUUGCGGGAUGCACUUGUCCAGCCCUUGAGAGACUUUGGAGCAGAUGGUGUACAACAAGCUAUAACAUUUAUGGACUCUUACUGCUUGAUGAAAGAAGAUGUUGAAAAUAUCAUGGAAAUAAGCACGUGGGGAGGCAAACCCAGUCCUUUUUCAAAGCUGGAUCCCAAGGUCAAAGCAGCUUUCACACGUGCCUACAACAAAGAGGCACAUCUGACUCCAUAUUCACUUAGCGCUGUCAAAGCAUCUAAGAGGCAGUCGGGAUCUGCAGCGACCUUAGAUCUGAGUGAAGACUUGACUGUGGAAGAGAUCCAGUCUGAGGAUGAGCAGGAUACUGUUGACAGUGAUGCAAUGAUUAAGCAAAAAAAGGUCAAGUCUUCUAGGCUGCCAAAAAGAGAGAAAAAUGAAGAAACAACAAAAAAAGAAGGGAAGAGAAAAGAGAAAACAAGACAUUUAGAGUAAAACCUUGCUUUGGCUACAGCUUUGCAAAUCUAACUUCUGCCAGAAACAUGAAACAGAUCCAAUGCUGCUGCUGGGAAAGUAGAACCAGUGCGUUGAAAAUGCUCCUCUUAUAGAGGUGCUGUAGCUCUUGUGCUCUCACCCUGCUGUGCUUACUGCUGACAUGGCACAUGUUACAAGCUAUAACUUCCUUGUGCAACAGACACCAGGUGCAUGAACAUGCUGAAAAUGUCAUGCUUAGUUACCUGGCAUUUCUGCUGAGUCUUCCUAGGACUUCACUGCUCUUUUUUUUUAUAUAAAUCCCCUGACAUUAUGUGGUGAAGUCUUGUAAAUAGUACAUGAUGCAAAAACCCCAUACAUAAAUGGCUUAUUUGUACAUUAUAGAAAUUAAGCAGUAUAUAAAAUUACAAUAAAAUGUUUUUCAGGACUCUUUUAAAGCUUUGGUUAAGUUCAUGGAAUGUUCUGUCCUGUCUCCCUCCUUUGCUCUACAGUUUUGUCUUUUUGUUCACAUAUGUGAUGUGGUAUUAUUUUCCUACAACUUCCCUUUUGUUCAGUUAGAGACACAAAAAAGCAGUGAGGGAUUUACUUCCCAAACUUGAGUAGUCUGUACUUGCAUAAGUUAUAUCUUUAAUCAAAAUCAGAAAGGAAUAUUUAAAGAGUAAAAAAUGUUUAAUUGAAAAUAUUCAUAACAGUUCAGAACUGAUACUGAAAAAGAAAACAGUAGGGAGGUUGUUUUUCUUCCUGCUACUCAUAUUACAAAGAUGGCCCCGUGGUUUGUCUUUGGUGCCGAUGAAAUGCAGAUUUUGUUUGUAAUAAUUAUCAGUUUUAUUACUACAAUAAACAACAUUUUAUUACUACAAAGUACAAAAUUUAUCAAAAGCUAAAUAGUUACAGAUAUCACAAAAUAGAAGUGACAUGGCUAUUAUUAGGCCUGGGGAAGAGAUGUGUGAUGUAGUGAUAGAGCUUCCCUUGCUGCUUGCCAGCCAACACAAGCAGUUCUGGAAAUAAACAGAGGUGGUUAAUUAUAUUCUGAGAUACUGUAAUAGCAGAUCAGGAAAAAUAAAAUAAUCUAAAAGUUCCCCAGAAGAACUUGAGUGCAUUACUGUGAUCUACAGCUGAGUUUUCACAUAAGGUGUUUAGAAUAGUACACUGCAAUCAUUGAAACUGUUAACAUUAUUGAGGAACAUUAACUCAUUUUCAGUUACCAUUUUUUUAAAAAAACCAAAGUCCUGGAUCUGUCUUUGGAAUAGACAGAGCCAUGCUCUCAUUCUUAGAAGGAUGAGUAUUUCAGGCCAAUACUUGUUGCUGUUAUCCCGGGAUAGAUUCUGUUAAAUAGGCAAUUUAAGAUCAUGUAACCUGCAUUUUAGAUUUGCUCCUUCCAGUUAGUACCCCUCUUGCUCUCUCUCCCUUCCCCCCCCACUUAAACCUGUGCUGGAAGAGCUGAAGAAGUUCAGAUGAUGCUGACAUCUUCAAACUGUUCUCUGUGCUACUCAAGCACACCUGGUGUUCAGGAACAUGUUCCAAACCACAACAGCUUGUGGAUGUUAAUGUAGUCAUAGGGGUAAACAGAGUUAAAGCACAAUUUAACAACGAAGUUCGUUGCAGUAGCAAAACCUACUGGUGUUUGCAUGCCUGAGGGCAAAUAGGUGAUAGAACUGGGUCUCAAGUUAUCUGAGAUAUUAACCCAAUGCUCUAAGUUAAGAUUCCUUACUAGGAAAAACUCCAGAGCUGUCUAGAAUGAACCCUGUUAAGUAAGAAGUACAGACUGUAGG